AUGGCCUUUGAAAAUGUUUCAGCACUUGAAACGCUGGAUGAAAUAAUCCUUGUGAUGGAAUAUGUAAGUGGUGGCGAUCUGUUUGAUUAUGUGAGAAGCAGGGGAUUUCUUUUGGAUUCCGAGGCUCGCAGAAUUUUCAAACAAAUUGUUUCUGCCGUCUCGUACCUCCAUGAGCAAAGAUUGGUACACAGAGAUCUGAAGUUGGAAAAUGUCCUUUUGGACACGAAUGGAGUUGCAAAAAUUACAGACUUCGGUUUCUCCAAUUAUUUCUCCGGUAUGGCCAUAAUGGACACUUUCUGCGGCACCCCUGUUUAUGCUGCUCCAGAAAUCAUUUGGGAAAUUCCAUACGAAGGCCCAGAGGUUGACUGCUGGAGUCUCGGUGUUCUACUCUAUGCACUUGUUUAUGGCGCAGUGCCAUUUUACAAUAGUGGCAAUUUUGCAAUGGUCAAAAGUAUCGUGUACACUUCAUAUUCUGAGCCCUUCCCUCGUUCAAGUAUACAGCGUUAUAACGAAGACAAGCGUGAGCGGCCAGCAGCAGAUGAAACUCGCACGUAUGGUGAGUCAAGGUUGGAACAACAGAAACCACAAAUGCGAAGCGAUAGCAGAGACUAUGGCUUGCCUGAUCGAAGCUCAACAGAUCCUUUUAAGAUGUCACCGCUGCCGAUCCGGGGUUUUUUCAACCCCUAUUUUGUAGAAUACAGCGGCAAAGCAAAGGCAAGGAAAGAUCCAGAAGACGUGGCGAUGAUGCUAGUAGACUAUCAUUCGAUCAACCCAAAUACGACGCCGGAGGAGAGCAGACAGUGGAGAGCGAUUUCCUGA